AUGCGACGUGCCAAUGUCACGAUAAGCGCGUCUCAUACACCUACGGCUUCCUCGUCACGCGCUCCCACAGGAUAUUAUAUCCCUUCUGAGAUUCUUCAAAAAAUAUUUUCGUAUGCCCUCUACCUUGAUCAAGUGACAGCUGUCCGGCUAUUGCAGCUCAAUCAUGUAUGGCGGCAAGUUCUGCAAACCUCAGCCUAUACCCGCGUCGAGCUGUGCUCGGCAUCUGCCCUUGAGAACUUUGCAUCCCUUGUUCGUGCACGACCCGAAGUUGCACGCGCUGUGCGCCGACUAUGGAUUGGUCCUACACAUGCGCGAUCAGAUUUCCUAAGCAUUCUAUCUCUGCCGAUGCCGGGUGACUCGGCCUACUUGGAAAAGCAACGUGAGCAAGUGUACAAUGAUACACGCUUUGUACUUCGUGCCUGCCGGCGCCUAGAAGAUAUUGCAUUGAGUGGUUCCUUGGUGGCAGCAGAUAUUGUACAGUCGUAUGGCACAGCUUGUCAGCCACGAUGCAUUACGUCCAUCAAUCCACACAGCUUCAUCUCAGCCUUUGAUGCGCCCAUGUUCCGACGUGUACAGGAACUGCGCGUAUGUGAUGUGAAUCUAUCCCAUUCAGAAGUGGACGCGAUUCGUCGUAUGCCAGUGCUGCAGCACUUUGUGCAUACCACCCCUAAAGACUAUGGAGACUGCUCACGCGACGCACAUGUCUUGCGAAAAGUAGUCGUGGAGAAAGAUCCGUUAGAAGGCCUGGCCAAAAUGCGCAUCGAUGACAAACCAUUGCGCAUUGGAAUUCGCGGUGUGCCGGCACGUGCAAGUGCUACAGCCCAAGCGCUACAAGCGAGCUUGGAAGAGGACAAGAAGCACAUCGAUAUCUAUACAGAAACGAUUCCGUCGACUAUGGUUGAAGAAUGGGAAGCUUUGCGUGAUAUUGUAUUCAAUGCACAAGGCGAUUAUUCACGUAUGGCAUUGGAAGACGAUACAGGCGCUUGGGUUGACCCCACAAAUGCACUGCAGUUUUUGUGGCAUGAAUGGCAGGCAAGGUCCGCCUAA